GCUGGCGCCGCCCCGUGCCUCCCGGCGGCGGGCAGGGCCGUGCGGCGCCGCGCCUCCGCCGAGCUCCGACCGCGGCCCAGCGCGCCGAUGCGGACCCGGUUCUUGGCUGCCUUUCUCCUCCCCAUCCGGUGUGACCCAACGGACGCCGUGCCGCUGCCCUGUCUUGAGAAAACCAGAUCAGCCACGAUGCUUUGGUCCCUGUGCCUGCAAGAAGAUUGUACUACCAUUGUUUCCAGCUAGAAACACGCGAACCAAGCAGCUGCCAUGGAAACAGGCUGCACAGAGGAGGCUGCCAGGACCCGGUCGCAGUCUGCAGCAUGCAGGCAGUGCAAGGGCGGUGAGCAGCAGCCAGAGGAGAACGUUGAGCGGCUGUCCCAGCGGAGCGAUGCCUCAGCCGUGGCUGCAGAGCAGCAGCAGCCCCAGGCACCCUCCGGCAAGCUGAAGAAAACUGCUUUCAAGUUGUUUGGAGGGAAGAGGAGUAUAUGUACACUGCCGAGUUUCUUCAGCAGCAGAAACAAAGGCCAGGGGAAAGGAGCUUCUAAAAAGGGGCUCAGUAAAAGUAAGACCCACGAUGGGAUCAGUGGCACUGCAUAUGAGGAGGGCAGUGGGGCGCAGUUGGAAAGCCCUUCAGAUGGAAGCAGGGAUUCCCAUCCUUGCCUGCUGCCAAGCUCCCAAAGCGUUCACGUGGCCAUAGACACCAGCAUCAAGUUUGAUUUUGGCAGGCAGGAUGGCUCUCCACCAGGGAGUAUGGAGGGCUAUGAGAAGAAGCCCAGCGGAGACAAGUCAUCCUUCCCCAGACCGAAAAAAGGUCUGAAGGGACUUCUGAACAGCAUCCGGCGUCACCGUAAGAGCAAGGUUGCUGAGUGUGAGAAAACAGAGCUCUCUGAGUGGCCUGGGGAUUCGGAGGAGACCAGCAAAGCUCAGGCCACGAAAGCGGAAACUCCUGGAGCUGUGGAGGAAGGAGGACCUGGGUCUGUCCCUCUUGCUGCAGCCUGCCCAGGCAGUUCAGCAGGUAACUGCUUAGUGCGUACAGCAGCUGACUUUGGGGAGGCUGCUGAGCCAGACUGGCUCCAGGCUGAUAAGGGCAGCUGUGAGGGCGAUGUGGUGGUAGUGCCUGGGGGCAAGGAUGAUCUGGAUGCAAAAUCGGAGGUAGAUGCUGUUGUCUACACAGAGUCCAACUACAGCCAUCUCCCUGUGGCCCUUCAUCCAGACAACGACCCUCCCUCAAUACAUUCUGGGGACCAGCUGAGUCUCCUCUUUGGAGACGUCACAUCCCUGAAGAGCUUUGAUUCCCUCACAGGGUGCGGAGACAUCAUUGCUGAGCCUGACAUCCUCAGCAUUGCUGAGAGCACAAUCUCUGUGGAGCGCAGCCGAGACACUGCUAAACGGAGCCCAUGCCUUGUUACCUACCAGGGAGGUGGGGAGGAGAUGGCCAUGUCUGAGGAGGAGUAUCUCCAGCAGAUAUGGGACAGCACCGCUGAAGAGGGUAGGAGCUACGAAGCCCCGCUGCCUCCAGCUGUGAGCAGUCCUGAACUGCGGGCAGUGAGUAGCAAGUUAGAGACACGUGGUUUGCGUGAGGGGGAGGUCCACCCCUAUGCUAGUGGGGCAAUGGAUGGGGUCGAGCUCCUGACACCACAGAGCGACCAGCAAGAGUCUGCACCUAAUAGUGAUGAGGGAUAUUACGACUCCACCACACCAGGACCAGAGGAUGAGACUGGGGAUGGACUUUGUGAGAUCAAGAAGGACCGUCUUCCCAGAGACAGCUACAGUGGCGAUGCACUUUAUGAGUUUUACGAGCCUGAUGACACACUAAUGAGCCCCUCUCAUGGGGAGCAAUCCCUGUUUGAGAGCAAAGUCUCUCAUCCAGAGAUCUUCAGCUACUUCUUGGACUUUUGCCUCCCUCCUGAGAAGACCUUGAUCCAGAUGAUGGAUCAGAAGAGGGGGGUUAUGGAAACCGAAGAAGAGCGGCUAGCUGCCAUUCAGAAAGAGCUGCUGUUCUGGGAGCUGCAGAGGGAACCAGGCUUGAAACGUCUUGAUGUUCCCAGCAAAGAGAAGUGUCCCAGGGAAAAGCAGCACGUUGAAUGUAAAACUAGAGCAGCCAACUUGAUUGGCAAAAAUCAGAGUUGCCUUGGUAGUGAGCAGAUUGCCUCUCAAGCUCUAAACAGGAAUGUGAAUGGUGGGAUUUUGGUGGCUAGAGCUGAAAAUCCGGAGUGGAGUGAUUUUCCAGGGCCUUUGUGUCCAGAGAACUGUUACAACAGCCAAAAAGCCCAAGGAAGUUGCCUUAUUCAGCUCAUGAAGAACAACCCAGGAUUCAGUUCUGAUCCAGACUGUGCAUUGUUUGGGGGGUCCCUCCAUGGCAGUGCAGCUUCAGCCAAACCAGGGAUCUUCCCCAGCCACAGACCCCUGGAGCAUGAGGGCUGCUCGCAGAGUGACCACCACAGUGGGGUGGAGGCUGCUGGCAGAGAGCCCCAGGCUGACUGUGAGUGCGAACCUGAGCACGCCAUGAGCUUCUCACAAGCUCUGGUGGAGUUCACCAGCAGUGGGACCCUCUUCUCCAGCCUGUCGGAAAGCCUGGGCAGCUCCGACUCUGGCUCUUCCUUCACUCAGAACCUCCCCGUCCUCCCCACCAUGGUCACAUUUGACAUUGUCGAUGUGGAGCAGGAAGGGGAAGGGGAGUGCGAGCAGCACCUUGAGAUGAAUGCUGAUGAAGACAUGGCUGCAUCCUUUGAGGCCUUCGAUGAGAGCUAUGUGCAGAAGGAGUCGUUUGCUGAAUGUGACGAGAGAAUGUUCCUGGGGUGCCCCCAGGGCUCCUUCCAGAGCUGCAACUGGGGGGUUGCCAGCCUGCCCCGGCACCUGCGUCUGCAUGAGCUCAGCCCUGCCAUGCCAGCACCGCUCUCCCUUAACAGGAGGAGCAGGUCGCUUGACACGGAGAGCCUGGAGUUUGAACUUGCAGAAUUGCAGAUUUCCAAGAACGGCCUUAAGCCUUGCCAGCUGUGGUCAAAAUGGGACAAAAAGUACUCAGAUGGAGCAAGAAGGAGCAGGAGCAAAGAGGAGGCAGAACUGUCAGCUUCUGAAGGUGGGGAGGCCAAUGGUGUGCUGAGCUGGCCGGGCUUGCAGCACCUCCAGUACAACGCUGAGCUGGCUCCUGGGGGCAUCAAACACUGGGGUUUUGUUCCAACUGCUGGGAUGCAGAGCAGCUGGGAGCCAUCUGAUCGGUUAGAUGCAGACUCCCCCUUUUUGCCCCUUUCAAGGAGCAGUGCCAGAGAACCUCUGGAGAGGCAGCCCCAAGAUCUGGAGCCAAACAGGCUCCUGGUCAGGCCAUCCAACUUACCUCUGCAGCCUGACACGAGGCAGCCGCAGGAGGCGGCUGGGUCAUAUCGGUAUCACGGAGAAGCCCCGGCCAAAAAGCUCGCCCGUGUGCUCCCGCUGGGGGAACCAGAGCCACCACAGUGCAUCAGCUUUGCCCAGUCCCCAGAGAAACCAGCCAAGUGCAAACCUGUCGGCGUCACCCAAGGAGUGCCCCAGUUCCAUGACAGCGAUGACACCGAAACCUUAAAAAGCUCAGCCUGCUUCACAGAGCGCUAUGGGAGCACUGGCAAAGAGCUGCUGAAAGCGAGAGCUGCGCCGGGGAACGCGCUGCCCAGCGGCUGCCUGAGCACUGCAGUGAAUUGCGAUCCACCACUCUCGAACACAAUACACGAUGCAAAAUGUGGCAGCAGCCCCAGUGCACAAUCCCAUUGCUGCUAGAAUAAAAUCUGGAAAUGGA